AUGCGUGGUCACAAUCUUUUUGGCCAUAUCGACGGUUCUCGACCCGCCUUUGCUCGUACAGUGUCUCAAAAUAAUCAGGACAUCAAAAAUCCUGCAUUUGUUUCAUGGUAUCGCCAAGAUCAACUAAUUCAAAACGCCAUCUUGGCCUCAGUUGAUCUAACUCUUGCUGCUACGGUUGUCGCUGCAUCCACUUCCCUGGCUACUUGGGAUGCUUUGCACACUGUGUAUGCCGACAAAUCGCAAACAAGGAUCUUUAGUUUGAGCGAUUGUCUGGCUCGCCUCGCAAAAGAAACCUUUCCUAUCGCUGAUUAUCUGCAUCAGGUUCGUUCUCUCUGUGAUGAACUUGCCACUGUUGGAGCUCCUGUGUCCAAGAAGGAACUGAUUGUCAAAAUCCUCACUGGACUUAGACCUAAAUUCUUUGAAAUAUCAGCUACUAUUCGUGUAAGAGAUUCUACUAUCUCUUAUCUAGAACUUUAUGAGAAGUUACUUGACCAUGAACUUUUCGUCAAGCAUGAAGAAUCAAAGAAGCCACUCUUAACACCCAUUACUGCUGCUAUUGCACAGCAAACAAACAUGCAUCCUCGCCAAGGAAACACCUCUAAUAGGGGUUCAAAUUGCCAGUUGUAUGACCGUCCUGGUCAUUCUGCUAAGGUUAGCAGAUCACAAUCACACGAUCACAUACAAGCCCGGACAAACUAUGCUGCUCGAUCUCCAACUCAACAUGCUCCUUGGAUUAUUGAUACGUGUGCCACUCAUCGUAUGGCCUCUAAUGUGCAAAACUUCACUGAUGUGCACACCUACCAUGGUCUAGAGGAGAUAGAAAUGGGGGACGGUAACACCAUUCCAAUAUCUCAUACUGGAUCUGAGUACAGGGACGCCUCUGUUUCGCGGGCAGAAUCGAGAUGGGCUAUAUGA